UUAACAUAUCAGUUAAAACAUAUGUACUUACGAAAAUAUAAAGUGAAUACCAUCCGAAUUGAAAGGAAAUCUUGAAAAUCGUUGUCAAAUUUACAAUCAGUGUUAAACAACGGAAGGAAGGAAAUCCAGGCAUUGAGAGGAUUCUGAAAUCAAAAACACAUCUGAAUUUAAGUUUACCAUCAUCUGAAUUUAACUUAACAUCAAGUAGCAAAUAUCAAAUAUAUAUAAUCACUAUAAUAAAUUACAUAUUUAGUGUGAAUCGCAUAUUUAAUCCCAAAUCUAUAUAUCUUAAUCUUAAUCAAAAUCUGUACGAUCAAGAGUGUCAAAAGCAUAAAUCUAAGAGUGCAAUCAACUUGAUUGAGACUAGAAAACCUAUAUCGAGCUAUGUAAUAAUAUCAAGAUUUUAGACAAGUCUAAGUGAACACAAGUUUAUUGUUCUGUACAAUCUGUUUCUUAAUACACCAUAAUCGAAUAUAACCGAAUAGUCUUAACAAACCCAUUGAGAAAAGCUAUUGAAAGUACGCUGAAUAUUAUUAAGAACACUAAGAACCAUUGAUAUAAAUGAACAUACAAGAAGAGCUUAAAAAUGCAUCCCAUACUUGAUCGUUACUAUAGCGAUCGAUAUCAGAUCAAGCUUAUAACCCGAUAUUUGAUCGAACUCCUUCGAUUGCGAAAGAAAACAAAGCGCACUUCCGAAUUAUCGGAGUAAAGAACUGAACUGAAAAAAAAAAAAAUAAAAAUAUAACAAGCCAUCGUUUUUAAAACCCGGUUUCAAGACACCUCAUAAAGAGUCCAAAUUGAACCAUAUCGAACUCAAAACCGAACUUAUGAUAUAAACUGUAUUCCCGAAAUUGAGAACAUUGAAAUCGCGGUCGCAGUUCGCUACAUCAAACCGAUGUAGUUCCAUUGAUGCUUUGCAACCGGAGCGCUCAUUCCAAGCCGAAUAUAUUCAUCAUGAGUGUCCAGGGCCGCCCAGGAUAUGUGAUCACAUAAGGACAACGCCAAGUCGCAGUUGUUCAUAAAAGAAAAAAUUGAAGAAAAAAACAGAGGGAUAGAGUGAGAAGGAGAAAGAAAAAAUAUAUAAAAAAAUAAAUUGAGCAGAGUUGUUGACGCGACAUGGAUACCAAGUUGGAGGCACGUGGCCAGUUUCCGGCCUCGUUUCCGGACACAUUCAAGAACUUCUUUGCCAUGAUGAACGAAGACGAGGAUCAUGUGGGUCUCUUUGCCAAUCUGCUGGAGGAUAAGGUGAUUCCGCGCCAGAACAGCCCCGUGCAGCCCCAGCGGCAGCGGUACGGUGGCAGCAUGCGGAGUCACAGCGGCGGCGACCGCUCCGAUCGAAGGGGUCGCACCGAGCGGCAGUACCAGCAGCAGAUCCAGAAUCAUCAUCAUCAUCAUCAGCAGCAGCAGCAGCAACAGCAGCAGCAUCAGCAGCAGCAGCAACACCAAGGCGCCCAACAGCGCGUCUUUCAGUCGCGCAGUCGCAGCGGCAGUGGCAGCAGCGUUGACCUUUAUGCGAAUCGCAAUGUAAGUUUCUCGACCACCACCAACCGGGUCAAUUCAUUGCGGAGGAAUCGCUCGCGAGGAUCGCUGACCACUCUGAGUAGCAAUGGCUUAAAUGCCCUGGGCCUGGGACCCGUGACCCUUGCACCGAAUGUCAGCUCGAGCAGCAGUGGCAGCGUCCUGGACUUGACCUUGCCUGGUGGCACUGGCACUGGAACUGUGGACGGAGGUGGCGGCGGCGGUGGUGGCGGAGCUGGAUGCGGUGGCCAGAACGUGUAUCCUUCGCCCGCAAAGUCAAACCUGAAGCCCGCUCUGAAGGCGACCAACUCGUCGGUGGAUCGUGGAUGCGCACUCUUCGUUGGAGUCGAUGGUGAAUUUCAUUGCGGUCACAUCAAGUACUGUUCCCUGCACCAUGACAAUUUCGCAGAUGGCCUCCAACAGCUCCAGCAGCAGCUCAAGAAUCAGCAACUCGGCUCUGGACAGAAACACGUAACUAUGGCCUGUUGCGAGUGCGUUUGCGGCAGUGGCAAGGCUGCCCGUUCUGGACCCGAUGGCGAGGACAAUUGUGGGGCGAACUACCUGAAGGGCUAUUCUGGUGGAUAUAUGCUACCACCGACGCCGAAGGGAAAGUCCAUCGACAAGACGAGCACCUUCACUUCCGCCGAGCUGGCAGCCUCGAAGAACAAGGAUCUGCAGGAGCGACAGGAGCGGCAGGAGAAACGUGGGUCGGUCAUCCUCGAAAGGGCCUUCGAUUUCGAUGCCAGCUGCGACGAGAGCGACAGCAUAAGCAGCAGCACCCACAAUCCCGUGCCCUCGCCGGCUCCGCACCAGCUGGCCUACAAUGUCCUCAAGCCGAUCCUCAAGCAGCCGCAGCAGCAGCAGCAGCAGAAGGCAAUGCUGCAGGCGCAACAUCAACAGGUAAAUGUACAGCAACAUCAAGGAGUUACGCAGCAGCAAUAUCAACAGGCGACGCAUCAACAACUGGGCAACCAGCAGCAUCAAGUGGUGACCCAUCAGCCCCAUCAACAGGUAACCCACCAGCAACAUCCAGGCGGAGGUGUCCACCAGCAGCACCAAGUGAUGGUUGCUCAUCAGGCACACGCCCAUACACAGGUUAGCAACCAGCAGCCCGUGCUGCAGGUUCAGCUACCGACACCCGGGGUGCACGUGGUGCACCGCCUGCUGCCCACACCGCCCACCCAUAGUGGCAAGGGGGCGUACCACACGCGUGAGACGGCCUUGCAGCGGGUGCAACAGCAGAGUGGCUAUUACAACCAGGGGCCGAGCACCUCGGCAUCUGCAUACGGCUAUAACCAGGCCAUGGAACAACAGCAGAUGCAGCAGCAGCUGCACUACGAUCCGCAUCAGGAGCUGCAGUUCGAGCAGCAUCAGCCGCACCAGUCGCAUCAGCAGCAGCAGCUGCAGCAUCAGCAGCAGCAUCAGCUGCAACAUCAGCAGCAACAUCAGCAGCAGCAGCAGUAUCAGCAGCAGCAGCACCAGCAGCAGCAGCAUCAGCAGUACGCUGAUGACACCGAGCUUGAUUACGAUACGGAGUGGGAGUUGGAUGAGGAACCUGCUCCUCAGAUUGUACCGCCACUCACCACCUUCAACGAUUUCGUCAAUGCGGCUCAAAAUCCAACUGGCAGUCGUCAGAGUCUGCGUGCCCAGAAGUCGCCGAUUUUGAACAGACGUCGCGCCUCAUCUAUAGCCGGAAAUCUUUUGCACUCGGAUUACACGUACACCCGGAAUAGCAUCGGUGGAGCUCCAAUCGACUCCAAUGAUUUUCAGCGCAUUUCGCACAGCAGCAGUGCCAGGGAUCGCAUGUCACUAGCCGGAGUCCUGACCUUUCAGCAGGCCAUAUCUGGAGCUGUGUCACCACAGUAUGGCACAGUGGGAUCGCUAAAUUCCCAGGUACCCGCUACCGGUGAAGCCGGAAAGCCGGGAAUUGUGGGAUCCGAUGGCAUUGGCGGUGGCGGUGGCGGUUUACCUGGCGGAUCUUCACACAACUUAAAUUUGACGGUGGGCCUGGGGUUUCUCGGUGGUUCCAGCACCACUUUGGCUGCUGUCGCCGAGGUGACUAGUGGACCGGAUGGCAAUGGCGACUCCACCGACUCCCCAUCUCCGGUCUCCAUGAUUCCCAGCAAUCAGCAAAAGCAGCAGCAGCAACUGUUGCAGUUGCAACUGCAGCAGGAGCAACAGCAUCUGCCCACCCAUUUGCCCAUGAAGCGGGAACGAGGCGUAGGCGAGUCCUCGGGGGCCAGCACAUCCGGCACCGCCAUCGCCGAACUGGCCUCCUCCGUCGUCCUGGCCACCCAGUCCGGCAAGCCGAUGACGGAGCGACAACGCUUAAGGACAUCCAGCAUGCCGGCGGAGAGUAGAAGGCCCCGCCUGGCGGAGAUGCGACGUUCGGCCAUCCAUGCCGGUGAUCCGGACAUGACCUACUACCGUCUGCGAAGCUUCAGCAUCACCUCCCAUGGCAUCUGCAAUUUGGGCGAUUCCCUGAGAAGCCGCAGGUCACGUUCGAUCAACUCCGUGACUUCCACCGGCACCUCAAACAGCGGCGUGGAUCGACACAAUAGCAACGCAUCGGGGGCAUCGGGCGAAGUCAUCGACGGGGAUCCCAAUGUUCCAGCCUACAAAAUUGCCAUGCUCGGCGCCUCCGGAGUGGGCAAGACCACACUGACUUACCAGUUCACCACUUCCGAUUACAUAUGCGCCUACGACCUGAGUCUCGAUGAUGACUACGGACAGAAGACGGUGUCGGUGCUGGUCGAUAACAUUGAGACGGAUUUGGAGAUUAUUGAUCAUCCCGCAUGCGAGAUGUCGACGGAGGCCUUCUGCGCCACCUACAACAUCGACCUCUUCGUGGUGGUCUACUCUGUGAUAGAUCGAAACACUUUCGCAGCAGCCGAGCGUGUCCUGCAGUAUCUCAAGGAGAACGAGAUGCUCUUGUCCCGCGGAGCCAUCCUGGUGGCCAACAAAACGGAUCUGCAGCGACACCGAGUUGUCACCCGUCAGAUGGGUCGCAAGGUGGCCAAGGAAAUAGCGUGCAAGUUUAUCGAGACGUCCUCGGGACUGGAUCACAAUGUGGACGAGCUGCUGGUCGGCAUUGUGGCCCAGGUGAAACUCAAUCCGCAGCGUUUGCGAUUGCUAACGGAAUUGGAACUGCAGCGCCUGAAUCUGCAGAGUACCAUCCAGAAGCACCGUGGAAUGCACCUGCAGACGCGUCGGAUGGUCCGCCAAAUGAGCGUUUGCCAGGGCGACGAGGAGAUCUUCGAUGGCGGAUUGCCGGAGGGGCUGCAGAACGGCGAGGCCAACGAUGAUCCGGACGGAGUGCCUAGCACAUCGAAGGCCAGCCGGUCGCGGAUCGAGAAUCCCAACCGCAAGCCCUUAAACCUGGAAAGCAUAUUGAAGAUGGGCGAAAGCGAGGUGGACGAGGAUGAGGAUGUGGUCAAGUCGUCGCAGCUGAGCAAAUUCAAUAUGCUGGCGGCCUCCAUACGUCAUCGUCGUCCAUUCCGCAAGCGUCGCUCGUUCGACGGCGGCGUUACCACGUCUGCAGCCGCGGAUGCAGCCGCCGAACUGCAGCGGCGCUAUCAACUCCGGGCCAUGGAUGAUCUGCAGCUGGAGGGACGACUGGCAGGAGCGACGGAGGAGCGGUUCGGGGAGAGAAGUGGACUGGCCGACAGCGAUGACGAGGAGGACGGUGAGGACAUAGUGAACGGAGGACACCGGAAUGCCUGCAACCGCAAGGUGGUCAAGAAACUAACCGCCCGCACCAAGGUAUUCAUCUCGUCGGUGCUGCGCUUCAAGAAGGCCAUCAGCCUCAAGCGGCGCAACUCAUCCAGCUGCAGUGAUCUCUUCGUGAUCUAAACGUUUGGCGGCGGCAGCAUAGGAAGUAGGAAGCAUAGACUGAAUGUACAUAAAUGGAGUAUAGAUGGAGGCGAAGUAGGAGCAUAGAUAUGGAAGCGAAAACGGAAACGCAACCGAAACCGGAACCGGAACCAUCCAGACCAGUAGAUCCAGAGAUCAAAACAAGCACAACGAAACAGCAGCGCAAACCGAAGUGGAGUCGAACACGGAAGUGCAGGAGUACAGGAGGGGUCAACUUAUGAGGAAGUUUCCAGUUGCAUAUUCCAUAAAAACUACAGGGACAAUUUCUGUUUGAUUGGCCAACGGACGUUUGCAGAUUCAGUGCUAUAGUUUAUGCACAGAUUUUGAUGGCAACUGCGACUCGUCGGGCGAUGGCAAGCAAUAUGAAGUUCUGGGCCAACAAAUUUCUAGAAACUUAUAAUCACUUGAAAUGGCAUUUAAAAGUGUGGUCUAGUUAUCCGUGCCCGUGCGACUUGCGGACUGAAAAUAUAUUGUAGACAAACUUUGGAAACAUAUGUAAGCGAUAUUAAGCAUCUAGAAAGUUUUGAACAGGCUAAUAGCAUAACAUUCAAAAUAAAAAGCAAAAGACAUACCCUUUUACCACGAACCCAACCGGUAGGUGGCGCUGCAAAUGCGGACAAUAAUUUUCUUACAAAAAAUAUUGAUCAGCAAAUUUUACAAAAUCGAAAAUCCAAAAUCGAAAAAAAAGGAUUAAGCAAGUUAUAUGCAAAUACAAAUCGAAUCGUAUCCGCUUAAAAACAAAAUGAAAAAUGCAGCUAAAAUGAAAAAAAAAAAAAACAUAAACAGACUUCUGCUUUGUUUGAGUGGCACAUACAUACAUACUCGUGGAAACAGGAAAAACCGCAAUUGCAAUAUACAUACGACAUACAUAAUAUGUAUGUAGAAAUACAGGGCAAGGAAUUGCACUCUAUUUUGUUAUGUCGUAUUUGUGGUUUCUAGUUAUGAUUAAUCGCGUGGUUUCUGACAAGUUUCAAACAAAUAAUUAAUUGACUUUAUAGCAUAAUGCAUAUAUGGCAAAAGGCGUUGAGUAAUAUGGUGAAAUUAUGAAAACGUUUUUUGUUGUUGUUUUUUUUUCCAACCAAUGAACAUGACACACAUAUGAUGUAUUGUAUGUAUGUAGACAGGAAUUCUGGCAAACCAAUUGAAGCCAAAAAGAGCAGUAUGAAAUAGUCCAAACACUUGUGCAAUCUUUACAUCCUUUUUAUUUUAGAGUGGCAUAAUGCCAAUGGUCCAACUUAAUGGCUCAACUAUUAACGCACUUUUUUACCCUCUUUUGUGAUAGUCUUAUAGUUGCUUCUUUACCAAAAAAAAAAAAAUAAACCUUCCACCAACAAUGUAGGCAUUAAUAUAUUUUUCCUAUAUUAACUGCAAUUUACAAUAAAGCAAUUUGAGAGCUUUUUGUAAGAUGCGCACCCUUGGAACUGCUGCUCGUUUGGCUAUUGCUGAACAAUACAUAUACAUAUAUUGAUACAUGAAAAAGAAAUAAUUGUCUAGCGCCGAGUUUUUUUAAAGAUAAAAAACAAUUUUUUUGCGCGUCUUUGAUCAAGAAUAGGCAAAUAAGUAUUUUACACUUCUAAAUGUCGUGUGGUAAGAAUACCGAAAAUACACAGAAACCACCAGCACUACAUAAAGUACACAUAUAAGAAAAAAAAAAACAACAGCAGAUAUCAUCUGAACAAUGAAACAAAGAGUUACAGCAAAUGGCGCCCGAACAGGGAUUUGGCCGCUUACUACAAUAUAUAUACAAAACACAGAAUAUUCAAUAUUAAUAGCUUAUGAAUGCUACCAAGCGACCGCAUAACGCGAAAUCAGAGGAAAAGAGCAACUAUUAAUGCCAAAUCUUCAAUGACAUCUGAGGUGGAGAAGAAGUACCUCCAAUGACCCCUAAGUUUUUCCAAUUGCUUUUGUAAUUCCAAAUUCCGUCGGUCGUUGGAAUGCGAGCCACUCAGGCAAAAACCAUAAUGAGCUUAACCAAAGCCUGCAAUACUGUCUUCGAAUGGAAUAGGCACGAAAUAAUGUAUACAAUUGCUGCUUUUGGAAAUUUCUUAGCGACUACUAUCGCAAACUAAGAAAUAUAGCAUAUAGCACAUGGAAUAUCGACCAAGCGACGCGGUUUUCACAAUAAUUUAGUUUUACCUGGUUUUUGCAUUUUUGGUUCAACUUUUUAAAUUGUUUCUACCUUUUGUUCUAGGUGAAUACAAACUGUUAAGUAUAUUAACUGCAUUUUGACAGCUGCUUAAAUUAUUUACUUGCCUUAUUAGUUUUGUUGUUAAGCUCUUUCAACUCACUUUGUAAUAGCUGGCAAAGUUUUUGGUAGGAAAGGCGGUCUUUAAAAACCGAAUACAAAAGAAAAGAAAACAAAGAAAAUAAGUCAUACAUUCCAACAUUAUUUUUUGGGCUGUCCGCACAAGCGGCAGCAACAACAACAAGUAACUUAGGUACACAAAGUCAAGAACAAGAAAACUUAAACAAAUUGAAAUACAAAAAAAAAAAAAAACAAAAAAAAGAACACACUCAACUCAGCCACAAGAACUCCCCCUGCUCACUCCUCACUUCUCACUCCUGUCAAACAAUUGAAAAAUAUGGAAAAUGCUGGCAAGGAAUGGAGGAAGAAUUGUAUUGCUCAAAACGAGAAGCAAGACAUUGGACGAAUUUCGAGGGGGAAUGAGACGGUGACUUAUGUGCCAUCUAACUAAGUACUUGGCCAGACUUGAUCGGAGCUUCCAGUUAACGGGAGCGCUAGAAAUGGCAAAAACAAAAAAUGGAAAAAAGGCAAAAAAAAAAACACAUUGAACGGAACAACGAAUCGUGAAUGACCUAAGUUGGAGAUUAAGUGCAAGUGAAGCGAAUGCGUAUGACACCACAUCUAAUAUCCAAGUCAGUUUCGUCAACUCCCAUCUGACAUGAACCUCUUUCGACCAUAACUCCAACGAAAUGACUGUGCUGAACUCAGCUGAAAGUCCAGUGGCCAAGAGGCUUAGCGAGUAUAUAUUUAACUGGAUCAGAUUUAAUGGGGCAUCGAAUUCGAUUCGUGGUGGGGCAACAGAAACUGGACAUAAGCUGGGUCAAGGGGAGGAACCCUGGACAAGGAUCUGGGCACACUCACUCUAGCGGACAGGAAUCACUACGGAACUUCACCCACUACUACCUACUACUUCAAAAUCGAGACUGAUUUUACUGCUUACCCCCUGCCUCCAUCACCCCCCCCCCCCCACCACCACUCACCAACCACAAGAGCACACAAACAAAGUGUAAUACAUACAAAGUACAUACAAUACAUACCGGAAACGGAAGAAUAUCAGAAUAUCAACCUGACAAUCUGAACUUCAACUUUCAUAACCUAUUUCGCGUACACUAUCGACAACACGAUAAUUUAAGAAUACAUUUACAAGUUAUAGAACCUAUCGGUUGGAUAGGGUCGAAUAUACAAAACUACUUGAAUACAAAUAUAUAUAUAUAUAUAUAUCUUAUAUAAUUAUAUACCCCUAUUAUAUACAUAUAUGUAUACAAAAUAUAUACGAUGAAAUAUUUACACACAAGUUUUACUCCGUGCCAUUUGAGUGCGAUAAGUUAAGUUAAACCAAACUUUAUACGAAUUUCGGACAAGUUCAGCGGCAUUUUUAUGGGAAUCCAUUUGACUAAUGGUUAACUUGUUCUUAUAUAUCAUUUAAGUGUGAUACGCGAACGGAGAUUUAGUUAUAGAAAGCCAACUGGUGCUCCCUACAAUCCUGUCAUUUAUUUCUUGAUCAUCCCCCAACCCACUUUCACUCCGUUCGAAUCAAAUCAAAAAUUUAACAAAAACAAAAAAAAAAAUAAAAAUAUGUUCCCAAAUAGUGUCAUUUUUUCCUUACAAAAUUGUUUACAAAUCAAAAGACGCUGUAGUUGUUUCUUUUAUACACGAAUAUACACUAUGAAUACUUGAGAUUUUUUGAUGUACGUUAAACAUUUAUGAUAUGUGUGUGUUUGCAAGAACCUCUAUUUGUAAUUGAUAUCCAUAUAUAUAUGUAUAUAUAUCUAUAUAUAUAUAUAUAUAUAUAUGUGCAUAUAUAUAUAUAGAACGACAAUUUGCUCUUCUCCCGUCUUAAUUCCGAGUGAUUUUGAAGUUUCCAAGCAAAGCAAUUGGUUUAGGUGAGCAAAGGCAAAGAUGGUUCCACGUGGAAUAUAUUGUAGAAUACAUAUAUGGAAACCACGAUUUAGUACGUAUGCGUAAGCAUUUGUAAUUCAUAUUUUUUUUGCGAGAAAACCUUCAUUCAAUCAAAUUGAAUGGGCACUUUUAACCAUAAAUAAAUAUUUUACUCUAUGUGUAAUUAAUU